CAGCAAACAAAAAUGGGUUUAGCAUUACUAACAACGGUCUUCUUCUUUGUCCUGUACUCAUCAGUUCAAGCAGAUAACGUCACUUGUAUAAGCAACUAUGCAGAUCUAAAGGAUGCUCUCAGAGAUAAAGAAACUGACAAUGUUAGACGACUACUUGACACUUUCUAUCCUCCAGAUGGCUCACCAGUACAUUUUCUCUAUGUUACUUACUGCCUAAGUGAUUCUAAAACCGAGUGCAACCCAACAUUUGGUACAUAUAACUACCACUGGGCAGAUACCAGACUUCUACUGGUGAUUGAGCCAAAUCUACUCGUUUCUUUGACCCUGGAUUUCAUUAAACUUGGUGUUAAAGAAAUUACUCUAACUAUUAGUCCACCAUUUUGUUCUAAUGAAAGUGAAAGCAAUGUGAUACUACUUGAUACACUGACGACAUGGUUAAAGCAUUAUGCAACUAGUGAUGAGGAUGAAUCGGAUAGAGGCUAUGUAGCUUAUGUGUCUGGCUCCGAGUUUCCUAUCACCACUGAGAACCUUAUUUUCCAGCUCCUUGUACCUUAUGGUCUACUAACAGUUGUCAUUAAUAUCCUCAUCAUCCUAAGUUUCAGGGUUUGUUCAAGGACAAUGGCAGAGAGAAUUGAUAAAGCAGUAGAAAGAGCUAUUUCCACGGUUCAGUCUAGUGUAUCUGAUGAGCAGGAAGAAAAGGAAAGGCCUCCUUUCCUUAAGACCAUUUCUUCACCUGGUCAUAAUACUUUUUAUGUUUUAGCUGUGGUGUUUCUGACAGUCUAUGAUAUGAGAUUAUUUACAACCAUUGAAACAAAAUAUAAUUAUCUCAGUUGGUUUGUCUUCUUUCCAGUACCAUUCAUUGCUCCUUUGUGCUUAACUGUCGGUGUUAUCACUCCAAUUUGUAUCAAAGGCAUUGGAUAUUUACGAGGGGCUACAGAAUAUGAAACCAAAAAAGACACAAUCAAUCAUAUAAUGACCAUAGCACUACUCAUCACAUUAAGUUCUUUUGCUCUCUUUCAUGGGUUUUGGAUGGCUAUGCUGUUUGCUGUUUAUCCUUCUAUUGCUCUAUCAAGAGCUCUCAUCCUGAUCCCAAUGUACUUGCCAAUAUUGAUCAUAUACAGGAAGAUACCUUAUUUUGUUAGAAAAUUUCGUGAACUGUAUAAAAAGAGAGGUAGAAAGGAUGGUAAUCAAGAUGGCAAGGUCACAAUAGCUGCUUUAUGUUAUGUUGUCUUUGUAAUUGUGGUGAUGUGGCCUGCUGUACUACUUCUCAUCAAUUAUAUAUCCAAUUACUUCAUUAUUGUGAAUGAGCUUGCAGGAGACAUUUUGCAGCUCAUAGUGAUUGUUGCCAUUGUGACACUCAUCACAUAUCGCUUAGCUAAAGUUUUUGUCGAGGUUGAUCAAGAAGAUGAAGAUACUGGAUAUGGAGAGGCAGAUGAUGAAGUAAACCUUCCAUAUGGAGAAGUGAACAAUAGCUAUGAACCACCAAGUGAAGAGGUAAGAGGACUGAAUUAUGAGGGUAUAAAAGAGACGACAAUACAAAUGGAAGAGACCACACUGCAUGCAGGAAGGGAAAAUGAAGUUGAUGCUGAUGAUGAAACUAUGCCAAUCCCUUAUAAUGAUGGGGAGAACAGGGCCAUGCCUGUUCCAUAUGUAUUAGUUAAAUAAACAUAUUUUACAUAGCUACAGUCUGUUAUUUAUAGCUGCUGCUUUACUUUUAUAUUCUUUAUUUUUAUUUGCAAAAAUAAAAAAUUGCGUGGGAUGUAAA